AUGGAACAGUUUGGUGUGCUAAUGAUCCAUUUGCAGAAAGAGAUAAAGAAGAGGAAAAGAGGGAAGACGGUUGGGAAAGGAAUUGAUAGAGCCGAAGGCAGAGUUGCCUUAGAGACAAGAGGCAUAUGGCAUCCUGUGCCAAGUAUUGCUAAAACAGCAAUACAACAAUAG